UCUCCUACAGCCAGAUUGCCUGGGUGUCCUCCAUCAUGCUGGCUGUUAUGUACGCGGGAGGUCCAAUCAGUAGUAUCCUGGUGAACCGUUAUGGCAGUAGACCGGUGGUCAUUACGGGAGGGGUCAUGUGCGGCGUCGCCAUGGUGACGGCUUCUUUUGGCAGCAGCAUUACGCACUUGUACAUGUGUGUCGGCAUCAUUGGAGGUGUCGGCCUUUCCUUCAACCUCCAGCCGUCUCUGACCAUAAUCGGGAAGUACUUCCAGGUCAAGAGGCCGAUCGCCAACGGCCUGGCCAUGGCGGGAAGCCCUGUGUUCCUGUGCACCCUUGCUCCACUGAACCAGUUCCUGUUCGACCGUUUCGGCUGGCGGGGCGGGUUCGUCAUCCUCGGGGCCAUGCUGCUCAACUGCUGUGUGGCUGGCGCGCUCAUGAGGCCCUUGUGCGAUGUAGGGGGCGCUCCUGCCGUCCCUCUCAAACCCUUGCCUGACAGAGCGCGGACUCCGGAAGCCCCGUGCGGGGGCGGAGACGAAGAGCGGCCCAGCGGGCCAGCGCCUCUGCGUGGGCGGAGCUGUGCGGAGAGCCUGAGCUGCUUCCUGGAUCUGUCCCUGUUUGGUCACCGUGGUUUCGUCAUCUACCUGAUGGGAAACGUGCUGAUGUUCUUUGGCUUCUUUGCGCCCAUGAUCUUCUUGGCCCCGUAUGCCAAGCACCGUGGCGUGGACGAGUACUCGGCUGCCAGCCUGCUCUCUGUCCUGGCCAUCGUCGACAUGCUCGCCCGGCCCGGCACCGGCCUCCUGGCCAACACCAGGCUGGUCCGGCGCCGGGUCCAGUACCUGUUCAGCUUCGCUGUGGCUUACAACGGCGUGUGCCACCUGCUGUGCCCACUGGCGUCGGGGUACUGGGGGCUGGUGGCGUACGCGGUCUGUUACGGCGUGGUCUACGGCAUGGUGUGCGCCCUGCUCUUUGAGUGCCUGAUGGACCUGGUGGGACCUGGACGAUUCUCCAGUGCCGUGGGGUUGGUCACCAUCCUUGAGUGCUGCCCCGUCCUGCUGGGGCCGCCCAUCGCAGGGGCACUGGUGGACAUGUUUGCAGACUACAGCUACUUGUUCUACAUGUGCGGCGCCGUGAUGCUGACCGCCGGCCUGUUUCUGUUCACCAUGAAUUACUGGAACUACAGGCAGCUGAAUCGGGCCAAGCACACCCAGGACAGAACCUCCGAGCUGGGCGAAAGGACAGUGCAGCAUGGGGUACAGAGUGGACACCCACGGGCCGAUCACAAGGCAGCGGGAGUUGGUGAUCCAGGCCUGGGACAGGAGACUGGGACACUUCAGGUCAAAGCAGAGACAGAAGACAACAUAGUGUAACGACAACAAAAGACUGAAUUUUAUCCAAAAAGACUGAAUUUUAUCUUCCAUUUUUAGUAGAAAUGUAUUUUAGUGGUUGGUAGAUGUAUAGGGCAUUAAAG